UGUUGGUAUUUUUCCGGUCGCCAGCUUUAACCGAUUGCAAUCUAUUAUGUAUCUGCUAUGUAUUCCGUUUGUUGUCGGUGAAUAGCCGCGUUGCGUUGGUUGGCUGCCUGGCAUUGCACGGCGAGACCUCCGCAAAGCCAUGCCAUGCGGUCGCAGGCGGUGGCGGCGGCGUCUACGACGGCGUCGGCGAAGGCAUCGCCUCCUCGUUCGCUCGUUCGUAUAGCGCGGCGUCAGCAUCAUCGCAGCCAGCCGUGCACGGCACAGCCCGGUUAAACAUGGUCAGGUUAAAGCCUGCGUUUCCUCUGGAACAACCGUCGACUCGACCGUUGUUCCAUCGGAACGUCGCUCGCUCGCUGGUUCUAUCUCUCGCGCCGCUUCUGUCGCUUUCAUCUACACACCAAUCUUUGUAUGGGUAUGAAUGUAUGUGUGUGUGUGAUGCCGACUCUUCUGGCUGUGCAACGCCAUGGAGACGAAACGUCGUCGAGGCGGCGGCGCCGAUGACGACGUGCGCUUCGAGAGAGUCGACUUCCAAACUCUUUCAUCUUUUUAGAGACGCUGCCGCUGCUGCUGCGGUUGCCGAUGCCGGUAGCGCCCCUGCUGCUGCUAUGCAUCAUAUUAUAAUACAGCGGUCGCUGUAUGCAUAUAUAUGCAUGUAUACGUGCGUGUAUUACAAGAUAUUCGCUAUUCACUGUUUCUUUGAAUAAUAUAUUACGCAGACGUGCGAAAUUGGAGUAGAUUAAAGUUGCCGAGGAGGUAGCCCCGGAGAUGUUCCUAAUUGACGUCUGUAUACACAGCGCACUAUGUGAAAUCGACGAGUUAUUAAAUGGAUAAAUAUCGGCUCAUUAACAACUGCAGCUGUCAACCGAAAAAUACAUUUCAAUUAAAAUAUGCACAGCCUACUUCUCUAAAUUCACUGUUGUAUUAUCAAUAUGUAUACCUAUUAUAUGUCCCUUUAUUGUGCUUAUCAUUAGUUAAUCGAAUUUAUAUUAACUCACGAUUAGUAGAAAGUCAUGUUAAAUCAAGAAAAACAUAACACGUACCCAUGCAGGUACCAAGUACACAAAAUACAAAGUUUUGUUAUGUGUCGUUACACCUACAUUUCAAGAGAACUAGAAACAUUUCUUGUGUAAUUCUCUAAUUUAGAUGAUAAUAAAAAGAUAAAUAUAGAAAUAUGUACUUAUAAUCCUUGGUUAAUUACCUGCAUGUACAUUCAUAGUAAGGGGCUUCAAAGCAUUAUGUACCACAGUAAGGGUGUAUUAUAAGAGGGGGAGUCAAUUAAAGGGAACAAACGAUAUUUUAAUAAUUUUCUGAUAUUUUUCGCGACAUACCUAAUUAACAUUUAUAUGUAAAAAUGGUAACCAAGUUGGGAACGUUACAAGAGGAGGGAGAGUGUCAAAAACCUUCAGAAACUUUAUUAGGUAUUACUUGAACGAACUGAAAUUUCUAAAUGAUACUUGUUAGUAAUUUAAUUAAAUUGCGCUGUAUUAUUAUUAAUCCCUGAAGCAAUAGUUAUAAUAAAGACGCAAUUUAUUAUUGCGUUUUUUUUUAAUUGCUACAAUUUCGCCAGCAAAAAUACCUGUAAUACAUACCUAGGUACACAUUUGUACAUAAAUAAAUGAAAAAGUAAAUACGGAGUACGAAUUUGCAGUAGUAGGCUUUGAACUGGUCACAGAAUCAAGAAGGCUUUGUUACGUUCGGUUACGUUCGUGCAGACUCGGUAAAGCUGUCUGUUUGAUCGAGUUCAGUUACAGUAUUUUGUUGGUCGUUGGAAGGUGUAUUUUAGACGA